AUGGAACAAUUAUCAUCAGUAUCAACAGCUCAAACAAAUCAAACGAAAAAAACUAUUCAAAUAUGGCCAUUUCCAGUUCGUCUUAUAUGUGAAAUAUUUAUUCUCAUUUUAUUCUUUAUUACUUUAAUUAUUUUUGUAUUAAAAUGGCCUGAUAUUGAAAAUAAAAUUCAUACAGCAAUUCUUGCAAAAACACGUUUAGCUCCAAUGUCUGAAGCAAAUACAAGUUGGAUGAAUCCACCUGCAACAACUAUACGUAAUUAUCGUUUAUUUAAUAUAACAAAUUAUAUGGAUAUAAUGACAGAUAUGAAUAAUCCAUUAAUGGAAUUUCAAGAGACAGAACCAUUUCCAUAUAAAGUUGUUGUUAAAAAGAAUAAUGUACAAUGGUUAAAUAAUAAUACUCAAAUUCAUUAUUCUGUUGAACGUUUAUUUACACGACAUGGUGAAUAUAAACAAAUAUUAAUUGAUCAAGAAGGUGCUUUUAUUGAUAUACUUCGUGUUAUGUUUCGAACAAAAUUUAGUCGUGUUGCUGAUCCUGUUUUUUAUAUCCUUGGUGGAAAUAAUGCAUUUAAUUAUUCAAAAGCUAUUGAUAAAUUAGAAGGUUAUAUAUCACCAUUAUUUGCAGCUAUUUCAUCACGAAUGCAAGGACCAAAUAGAGAUAAAUAUGGAUUUAUUUAUCGAGUAAGAUAAAUACAAUAAUAUUUACAGUACCCAUCAUAAGUGGACACGAUUGAGAAAAUGAGAAAGACAAAGGAAUUAUUUUAUUAUAUCGUAUUUACAAAAUCUAUAUCAUAUGUACAUCAUUCUAAUAAUUAAUAUAAUCGCCUUUUCUUUCAAUUAAUAAUUGUACUCUUUUUUUUU